UAUGCCCCUUUGCUUCUUUUACUACUUAUCUCCCUCUUAAUUUUUAUUUACUUUCUUAACCAAACUUGAAUGUUGUAGGCACUCCGUCGCUUACGACGUGGAGGGUUCCAGUUGAUCCGAUCAACGGAACAGCCUGCUCGUGAAAUUAACGUGCAAAUGGCUGAGCACUCCACAGACACGUGUACCCUUAACAUAGUUCUCGGGGAUAUUCAGCGUGACACAGUGUGACAAGGCUGACCCUUUGAAUUACAGGCACAACAGAAACUCAAGAAGUAAGAGUGAAAGAGUAGAGCAGGGUUCGGCACCAUCCCCUGCCGGACCCUCGUGGAGCUUUAGGUGUUUUCGCUCAAUAAACACUCACAACGCCCGGUCUGGGAAUCGAAACCGCGAUCCUACGACCGCGAGUUCGCUGCCCUAACCACUGGGCCUUUGCGCCUCCACAAACUUUAACAAUAGUGAAACGCCCAUCACCAUCUUUUGUCUUCUUUAAUUUUCACCCCUGAUUGAAUAACAGCAAUACGUGCAUGUAUCGCACUCACUACUGAUUGGUUAUUAGGUUUUCUUGCACAAUCAAUGUCACUUCCGUCAUGUCAGUAUGACUCCUCACACAAUAUCUUCACACGUUAGAAAUAUCUUCUUUAUUUAGACUGUGUUAGUAAUAAUUAAUUAAGACUUCAAAUUAACCCAACAGAUUGAUGAUUAAUCAGAAGAAGCAGAUAGAGAUGUAAGAAAUAGUUAAAGGGCGAUCUUAUGGUACACAUAAAGUUGUCCUAAAUAUAUCAAUGUCCUCAUUAAUUUCAAUUCAUCUCUCGUUAUUUCAGCUUAAAACUUAAAUUGCUUUAUUAUCAAAUAUCAUUGGAAGAACUGUUUAUCAGAUAUCAUCAUCAGCAUCAUUUAACAUCCAUUUUUCCAUGCUGGCAUGUGUUGGACAAUUUGAUGUGAACAAAUAAAACGGAACUGAGCCAGGCUUCAGUGUCUAUCUUGGCCUUUAAUAUAAACCACGUCGCAAUGUGUACUGAAUGCCUGUUUUUGUGGCACGAACACUGGUGAGGACACGGGUUGGGUAGAGCACUGAGGGACAAGAACAAUUGUCUAGCUGAAGAGGUGAAUAUAUGGCUUGUUCAUGUAUACAUGUAUAUGUAAUCAAUGUUAUCUUUUCAAAGACUAAAUGUUUCAUAGAACAGACAUAAAUGUUCUUUAUACACAUUUAUGAUAGAAUAACAUUGAGGUAUUUCUUCUCAACUAAGUUUCAUAAAAACAUUUCUCUAUUUCACUGGCUGCAGUAUUUAUGAAAAGAUUUUAUAUCUUAAUUGAACUCUCAUUGCAAAAGGAUUCAAAGCAUCUUCAGAUAUCAUCAAAGAUCACAACUGGUGGAAUUAUAGAAGUAUGUAUUGCAUUAAUGAUACAAGAGAAGAAAAUUGCUGCAUUUUUUGAUGAGAAAAGAAAAAUUAUGGAAAAUGAAUUGUGUAAGAAAGUUAACUGUUAAAAGGUAGUUGUAAAAUACUGGUUUUUCUGAUAAUAUGGAGAAGGAGAUAGAUAAAACAUCAUAUCACUGUGAUGUCUGUGAUAAAUCAUUCUCUCGGAAACAGAAAUUGAAGGUUCACAAAUGCAUUCGCAUUGGAAAAAAACCACAUGGCUUAAAUAUUUGUAGUGAAUCAUCCUCUCAAAGUAGUGAUGUAACUAGACAUAAACUCAUUAAUACAGAAAAGAAACCUUAUUAUUGUGAUAUCUGUGGUAAAUCAUUCUCUCGAAAUGAUAACUUAAGAACCCACAAACGUAUUCACACAGGAGAGAACCCAUAUCAUUGUGACAUCUGUGGUAAAUCAUUCUCAAGAAGUGAUCACCUAACUAAACACAAACGAAUUCAUACAAGAGAGAAGCCAUAUCACUGUGAUAUCUGUGGUAAAUCGUUCCCUAUAAGUAGUAAGGUAACUAUUCACAAAUGUAAUCAUAUAAGAGAAAAACCAUAUCGCUGUGAUAUCUGUGGUAAAUCAUUCUCUCAAAAUGCUAACUUGACUAUUCAUAAGCGAAUUCAUACAGGAGAGAAGCCAUAUCGCUGUGUUAUCUGUGGUAAAUCAUAUUCUCAAUGUGGCAUGUUAACUGUUCACAAACGAACUCAUACAGGAGAGAGACCAUAUCAAUGUGAUGCCUGUGGUAAAUCGUUCACUGCAAGAAGUGAUUUAAGGUGCCACAAAGAUAUUCAUAGAAAAGUGAAACCAUAUCGCUGUGAUAUCUGUGGUAAUUUAUUCGCUCAAAAACCUAACUUAAUUGCACACAAACGGAUUCACACUGGAGAAAAACCAUAUCGCUGUGAUAUAUGUGGUAAAAAAUUCAACCAAAAACAUCAUGUAACUGAACACCAACAUAUUCAUACAGGUAGGAAGCCACAUCGCUGUGAUAUAUGUGGUAAAACAUUCGUUGUAAAUGCUAAAUUAACUAUACACAAAUGUAUACAUACAGGAGUGAAACCAUUUCGCUGUGAUAUCUGUGGUAAAACAUUCCCUGCAAAUUAUAAGUUGACCAGACACAAACGUGUUCAUACCGGAGAGAGACAAUUUCCCUGUGGUGUCUGUGGUAAAUCAUUCCGUGAAAAUUAUACAUUGACCAUACACAAACGUAUUCAUACAGGAGAGAAACCAUUUCGUUGUGAUGUCUGUGGUGAAUCAUUCUCUCGACUAUCUAACUUUACUAAACACAAAGGUAUUCAUAUGUAAGAGAAACUGUAUCAAUGUCAAAAUUUACUUAGUUAAACCUUUCACUCCCUACAAACCUUCAGUGACUUUUCUUUAUUGUUCCCAACUCUGAGCUCUUUACCUCUCCCAUAUCUUGUUGGUUUUCAAUUUAUGUUGAAGUUUCCCUUAUUUUACUUUUUUUUCUAAGAACGGGUAUUGGCACUACACACAAAUUCAUUUUCAUCUCUGUAGGUGAUCCAUAUGUUUGACCUCUAUCCUUUGACCUGUCCAGUAUGUGAGGCUUUGCCAGGAACCUAUUGCUUUUCUAGCAUAGUUUUUAGGGUCAUUGGGUCUCACAUGCCCCUACAUUGCAACAAGGACUUGAAGUUGCAGUGCAAUAUCAGUAUUUAUGCUGUACUGAACACAGUACAGUAUGUGUAAUAUUUAACUUUUUAUUAUUAAAGUUGUUUCUUUUUUUCUCAUUUGUAUCAUCAUCAUCAUCAUCGUUUAACGUCCGCUUUCCAUGCUGGCAUAGGUUGGAGAGUUUGCCUGAGGGCUGGCAAGCCAGAAGGCUGCACCAGGCUCCAAUUCAGUGUGUGACUCAUAGAUUGGAUGAGGAGAAUGUGUGUCAUUUUAUUUUGUACUUUCUUGAUUUGUUUGUAAAUCUGUAGAUAUAAGCCAAAUGAUGAUGGGUACAAACAAAGCAAUUUAUAGUCAAGUGCAAGUUCCACAUUAAUGCACCAGAAUGUUCUCUUUUUCUCAGGACUUUUAAUGAUGCAUUCACAUCUGCUGGGAGGCUGACCUCUACAAGAGAGCAGGAUAUCAUCUCUUGUCGGACAAAACAUCAUAUCUGUUCUGUUUGCACUGGAUUGCUUAUUUUUAUUGGAGUAUUACAUCAGCUAAGUAACAGCCACUUCAUGUGAUUGGCUGAUUAGCUGACCAAUAAGCAUCAAGACAUCACUUGAUGCAACUUUCUCAAACCUAGUACUAUCCUAAUAAGGCUUAUAAAUAGACUAGUUUUGGAUGCCAAAUAUCAGUGUUGGGAAUUGUUACCAUGGAAGCCACAUUCUCAGUUUUCAACAUCUUACAGUUGUUUUAACAACUUUGUAUUCAGCCAAGCAAACAGGAGCUGUGGUAGUGCAGUUCUGUUUUAACAAUAGUUCUACUCCAGAGCAGUGGAAAACUGCCACUGUCAUUCCUCUGUACAAAAAGGGUGACUACAUGUUGCCUGUCAACUAUCAUCCAGUCAGUUUUACCAGCUGCAUUGCCAAACUGAUGGAAUCCUGUGUCAGGGAAACACUCUGGAAUUCUCACAGCCUUAUUUGGUCCUUACAGUUUGGAUUUAUCCCAAACUCCAGCUGCUGCGAUCAUCAAGUUUCUUGAAGACAUCACCCAGGUCAGUGAUGGCUGCUCAUGGGUGAAUGUUGUUUACCUUGACUUUACUAAAGCUUAAUUCUAUGCCACACAGAAGACUUGUGGUAAAACUCUCUGCAAUGGGUGUGAAAGAUGAUCUUUUUAACUGGUUGGAGUCCUUCAUUCUUAGCCAAAAAAGAGGUAGUCACGGUUCUAGGAGAGCAUUCUUCACCCUGUGAGAUAUCAUCUGGUGUACUGCAGGGAUCUGUUUUUGGUCACCUUUUGUUUGUUGUAUACACUAAUGACAUAGAUGCCAACUUGAAGAAUUUCACAGUGCUCAAAUGUGCAGAUGACAUCAAGCUGUACCUUGAGAUAAAAAGGACAGAUCCUGAACACUAGAUCUUUCCUGCAAUCAGGUUUGACACAGUGCAACAAUGGAUCACGGACUGGCAACUGAAGCUGGCUGUGGACAAGUGUACCUCGAUGCAUUUUGAGAGGAAAACCCAGUGUCCACAUACUCUCUCCACAAUGCUAUUAUCAAGUCUUCUUGUGAACAUGACACAGGGCAUAUACUGUCAGCACCGAUUUGUGCUGGACAAAGCAUAUCUCUAAAACUGUCAAAAAGGCCAAGGAUGUCUUGCCAUCUCUCAGCAAGACCUUUGUCAGCCACUCUCCAGCUAUCUAUUUGAGGCUGUAUAUGGCUAUGGUGUAGCCACACAUGGAAUUUGCAUCACCAGUCUGGAACCCCUAUCUUGCUCAGGACAUUGGACCUCCUUGAAACUGCUCAGAGACGUGCAACCAAGCGAAUACCCUCCAUUAGGCAUCUGUCAUACCUUGCGUCCCUGGGCAUAGGUACCUUGAAGCUCCAACAUCUGGCAACUGACUUGGUAAACACCCACAAAAUUAUUAACCAUUGCACACUCUCUGAGUGGUUGGCGUUAGGAAGGGCAUCCAGCUGUAGAAACUCUGCCAAAUCAGACUGGAGCCUGGUGUUGCCAUCCGGUUUCACCAGUCCUCAGUCAAAUCGUCCAACCCAUGCUAGCAUGGAAAGCGGACGUUAAACGAUGAUAAUGAUGAUGAUGAUAUAUAUAUAUAUAUAUAUAAUUAUGAUAAUAUUAGGGAAAAAAUUCCAAAUUUACAGGGAAAAAUUCAAUUUAAUUUAUCAAAAUUAAAUUAAAUUUCACAAUAUAUAAUAUGUAAAUAUAUA